CUCACCAUUGUGAGUUUUUCUUUCAUUAACCGAAGGGUUCCAACAAUUUUGUCCACGUCUGUACAAUGCUGUUCACGUUGCAAAAAUGUUGCUGUUCAUGUUCCUGUCCAUGUUGUUAACCUUGUUGCUGUCAAUGUUGCUAACCACAUUGAUGCCCAUGAUGCUGUCCACAUUGCUUUCUGUUUUGCUUACCCUGUUGCUGUCCGUGUUGCAAACCAUUUUGCUGUCCAUGUUGCUGUCCGUGUUGCUAACUAUGUUACUAACCAUAUUGUUGUCUGUGUUGCUAACCAUGUUGCUGUACAUGUUGCUGUCUGUGUUGCUAAUCAAGUUGCUAACCACAUUUCUGUCUGUGUUGCUAACCAUGUUGCUGUCUAUGUUGCUGUCCGUGUUGCAAACCAUGUUGCUGUCCACGUUGCUGUCUGUGUUGCUAAUCAAGUUGCUAACCAGGUUUCUGUCUGUGUUGCUAACCAUGCUGCUGUCUGUGUUGCUAACCAUGUUGCUGUUCAUAUUGCUGUCCAUGUUGUUAACCACAUUUCUGUCUGUGUUGCUAACCAUGUUGCUGUCUAUGUUGCUGUCCGUGUUGCAAACCAUGUUGCUGUCCACGUUGCUGUCCGUGUUGCUGACCAUGUUGUUGUCUGUGUUGCUAACCAUGUUGCUGUCCAUGUUGCUGUCUGUGUUGCUAAUCAAGUUGCUAACCACAUUUCUGUCUGUGUUGCUAACCAUGUUGCUGUCUAUGUUGCUGUCCGUGUUGCAAACCAUGUUGCUGUCCACGUUGCUGUCCGUGUUGCUGACCAUGUUGUUGUCUGUGUUGCUAACCAUGUUGCUGUCCAUGUUGCUGUCUGUGUUGCUAAUCAAGUUGCUAACCAGGUUUCUGUCUGUGUUGCUAACCAUGCUGCUGUCUGUGUUGCUAACCAUGUUGCUGUUCAUAUUGCUGUCCAUGUUGUUAACCACAUUUCUGUCUGCGUUGCUAACCAUGUUGGUGUCCGUGUUGUUAACCACGUUGCUGUCCGUGUUGCUAACAUGUUGCUGUCCGUGUUGCUAACCACAUUGCUGUCUACGUUGCUGUCCGUGUUGCAAAUCAUGUUGCUAUCCACGUUGUUCUCCAUGUUGCUAACCAUGUUACUAACCAUGUUGUUGUCUGUUUUGCUAACCAUAUUGGUGUCGAUGUUGCUAACCAUGUUGCUGACCAUGUUGUUGUCUGUGUUGCUAACCAUGUUUCUGUCUGUGUUGCUAACCAUGUUGCUGUUCAUAUUGCUGUCCAUGUUGUUAACCACAUUUCUGUCUGCGUUGCUAACCAUGUUGGUGUCCGUGUUGUUAACCACGUUGCUGUCCGUGUUGCUAACAUGUUGCUGUCCGUGUUGCUAACCACAUUGCUGUCUACGUUGCUGUCCGUGUUGCAAAUCAUGUUGCUAUCCACGUUGUUCUCCAUGUUGCUAACCAUGUUGCCGACCAUGUUGUUGUCUGUGUUGCUAACCAUGUUGCUGUCCACGUUGCUGUCUGUGUUGCUAAUCAAGUUGCUAACCAGGUUUCUGUCUGUGUUGCUAACCAUGCUGCUGUCUGUGUUGCUAACCAUGUUACUAACUAUGUUGCUGUCUGUGUUGCUAAUCAUGUAGUAAAUCAUGUAGUAAAUACCAGUCUUUAUGAGUGGAAACUAUGGAAACACAACACCGUCACAUCAUCAAUGAGCUUUAAAAAUGUAUUUGUUGUUUCCUAUCUCUUCAGGGAAUCAGAAGGCUUCUUUUCUUUCCACAAUAUCACCUUGAGAUGCUAACCUGUAGCCUUGCCUGCAGAGAGUUGAAGAAACAAAAUGCCAUGUUUAUGUCUAUUUUUAAGUUUCUGAAAAUUGUGACUGAAAAUAAAAUUGGAUUAAUUGUUCGGCCUGAGAAACAGAUGUCGUUCUGUGGCUGUUUGUUUGCAGGACUUAAGGGCUGAUUUGCAUGAAGAUUUAAUUGUAGGUUGGUUGUAGGCCGAGUUCAAAAGUGAUUAACUUUCAGUGUUGUUCCAGAUCAGGGUUUUUUUUUUUUUUUAACACAGCCUUAGUGGAGGCA